UCGGUGUGGGGUGGGUGCACUCCGAGUGACCAAAAGCAAUCCGCUGUGGUCCAAUCAGUCUCAGUGCCUACCUUCACACAUAAGCGGCAGGGCACCCGGGUCCGCCAGAGCGCACAGACCUACACACACACACACACCUACACACUUGUCACAUUCACACGCACACAUACACAACUUUCACACAUUUCUCACACACACACACACACACACACACAUAUACACAAACACACACAUACACACCCUCCCUCUUCAAGGCACCCUGUGCGACCCCUCACCAUUGGCCAAGUCCCGGAGCCCUCAGCAUCUCCAUCACGGCUGAAGGGACCAUUCGGGAAAGCAGGAGACAGAGGUGGAAUAUGAGGAUGCUUGUGCGGCUCGUGUUGGGACUCUUCGUCCUCAAAGCGGCGGUGGCCAGCCCCAGGUUUUCCCGACAAGCGGGAGUGGACUCAUAUGACAGUGCUAACUACGAUGUGGACCCAGACAGCAACGACUUGGACAAUCAGGAUAUCUACGACUACGAAGAUGCUCCGGAAGAGAUUGAAACACUGGCCCCACCUGACUAUAACUACCCUGUAGAAGUGGAAGUAGUGGAGGAGGAGGAGGAGGAGGAAGAGGAGUUGCCCCUGAAACCCCAGCUUGUCCCUCAGGGUUCAGGGGGAUCCGGUGUUCUCAUGGGCCCAGACACACAGAAAGAGGUGGAGCUGCGUCUGACGCCCAUUGAUAUUCUUCAUAUCUCCGGGGAUUUUGGGGGCUCCGCAGGGUCCGGGGCCUCAGGAGCCUCUGGGGCUUCUGGGGCUUCUGGGUCUGGAGGCUCAGGAGACAUACUGGUCUCCGGCUCGGGGGGCUCUGGUGACAUUGUCCUAAUGUCUGGAGACUCAGAGGAGCUCCUUAGCUCUGGGGGAUCAGGAGAGUUCCUGGUAUCUGGAGGUGUCUUGAUAUCUGGGGAUCACUCUGGGUAUAUGUCAGGAUCUGGAGAUACCAUGGGAUCUGCUUCUUCUGGAGCCUCCGGGGAGUUUACCUCUGGAGGCUCCGGGAUUCCCACUAUACUCCCCCUGGGCUCUGGUGGCUCUGGGGACCAGUCUGGUUCUGGGUUCUCUGGAGAUCUUUUGAUCUCAGGAGCCUCUGGAAGCACCGGGGUUUCUGGGGACUCUGAUGAGUCUGGGGACAUGGGAAUAACAUUGAUUUCUGAAGAGGACGAGCUGACCCCCACUCCUGGAAGUAUCCCCGAAGAGGCAUCAGGUGCUUCUGGGGAGAUCACAGGAGAUUUUGAAAUCUCAGGGGCCUCAGGGGAUAUCGAACCCUCUGGAGAUAUCGAACCCUCUGGAGAUUUCGAAGUCUCUGGGGUUCCCUCAGGUGACUCUGGCUCUGGAGACACUGAGGUGCCUGAGAUAACUCUGGUCCCUGACACUGGCAAAGAGGACGAGCUGCUUCCGUCCACACCAGAAACCCCACAGGAGGGUGCAGGCAGUACAGAUGAGUCAGGGUCCUCUGGACCACCAGAGGAGCCUGAUGAGCCAGAAAAGCCCGAUGAGCCUGACGUUGACAGACGAGGCAUGCCCACUUGCUUGCUGUGCAUUUGCCUCGGUGGUUCAGUCUACUGUGAUGACUUGAAGCUAGAUAGCGUACCACCUCUCCCCAAAGACACCACUCACUUCUAUGCCCGCUUCAACAGAAUCACCAAGAUCAACAAGUCCGACUUCGCCUCCAUGAACAAGCUGAAGAAGAUUGACCUAACUGGCAAUGAGAUAAAGUCCAUCGAUGAAAAAGCAUUUUUGGGUCUGCCAGAGCUGGAGGAGCUGGUGAUCCGGGAAAAUCACAUCUCGCAGCUGCCCGGUCUCCCUGAGACCAUGACCUUGAUCGAUGCCAGCCAGAACAACAUUGGAUCAAGGGGUAUUCAUAAAGAGGCGUUCAAAGAUAUGACUGCCCUGCAGUACCUGUACCUAACAGACAACCACAUUGAUUACAUCCCAGUGCCUCUACCAGACACCCUGCGAUCUCUACACCUACAGCGUAACAACAUCCAAAUGAUGCACGAGGACACGUUCUGCAACCUGAAAGAUUUCAACUACAUCAGGAACGCGCUGGAGGACAUCCGUCUGGACGGCAACCCCAUCAACCUCAGCAGAACCCCGCAGGCUUACAUCUGCCUGCCCCGUAUACCCAUCGGGAAUCACAUUUAACCACACAAGACGCGUACCUACACUCUUGCACACAUUUUUGUACAUACCGACACAAAACACAAUCUAUACAGUUCUCCAACAAACUACUACCAGUGAGGUGUUAUACGUGCUGCUGACAUUUAAAUCAGUUCAACUGUUUGGAGGAUUUGGUUUCAUAAUUGCCCACCAACACGUAAAUUGUCAUCCUUCAUCUUCACUCUCU